GGUUCCUGUCACAAUACAGUGUGCGAUAAAAUUUGUGGUAAAAAAAAUGGCCAGCAAGCAAUUGGUAAACAAUUUGGCCAAAUUGGGCCGUUCUCGCCAGAACUGGAUGUCACCGUUGGCCACAGUUCGCAAUUCCAGCAGCCGCAGUGACGUCGAGAAGGUCACCCACACCGGCCAGGUGUUCGAUAAAGAUGACUACCGCAAUGCGCGAUUCGUGAAUGCCAAGCGGUACGUCAACGAAAACUGGGGCAUCAAGCUGAUCGAGGAAGUGCCGCCCAAGGAAUGCACCGAACGCGUUGUCUUCUGCGACGGCGGCGAUGGUCCUUUGGGUCAUCCCAAGGUCUACAUCAAUCUGGACAAACCCGGCAAUCACAUCUGCGGCUACUGCGGCCUGCGUUUCGUCAAGAAGGAUGACCAUCAUCAUUGAGCCAAUGGCUGUUAGCUAAUAGCUUGUUUAUCCUGUUGCUCUAGUUUAAACCCAACUAAACUGAAUAAAAUAAUAACUGAAAAAAGGC